GCAAGUAUUUUUCGUUCGGGAGUGAGGUUCAAGCAAUGAAGCGUCCAAGAUGAUGGCAAUGGAUGCCCAGUCCUUCAACGAAGGCUCCAAGAGGCUAAUAGUGGUUUUAGUACUGAUCGUCGCCUGGUUUCUGGGAUUCUCCAGCAGGUUGUUCUCAGUAAUUCGCUUCGAGAGCAUAAUCCACGAAUUUGACCCAUGGUUCAACUACCGUGCUACGCGGGAGCUGGUCGAGCAUGACUUCUACCACUUUCUCAACUGGUUCGACGACACAGCAUGGUACCCACUGGGUCGUAUCGUGGGUGGAACGGUGUACCCCGGUCUGAUGGUGACGUCUGGCAGCAUUCACUAUAUCCUCAACGCGCUCAACAUCACUGUGCACAUUCGCGAUGUGUGCGUGUUUCUUGCCCCGUUCUUCAGCGGUCUAACGGCAAUAUGUACGUUCUUGCUGACUCGCGAAGUGUGGGAUGAGGGUGCUGGUCUAUUUGCUGCCUGUUUCAUGGCCAUCGUGCCUGGGUAUGUAUCCCGGUCAGUGGCUGGGUCGUACGACAACGAAGGCAUUGCCAUCUUUGCGCUCAUGCUCACCUACUUUCUCUGGAUCCGCAGCAUGAAGACGGGCUCAGUAUUCUGGGCGUCGUUAGCUGCCCUGGCGUACUUCUAUAUGGUCUCUGCCUGGGGUGGCUAUGUGUUCAUCAUCAACCUCAUUCCCAUGCACGUCUUUGCCCUGGUGCUCAUGGGACGCUUCAAUUCUCGCCUCUACGUGGCAUACACAACAUUCUUCAUCAUGGGCCUGGUGUUGUCCAUGCAAAUCCCAUUUGUUGGAUUUCAGCCUAUCAGAAGCAGUGAGCACGUGGCUGCCCACGGUACCUUCUUGCUGCUCCACGCUUACAUGUUCUUGAUGUUCUUACGUGAUCACAUGUCCUGGGACGCAUUCAAGGAUCUGUUCAUUGGACUCGUGUUUAUCGCCGGCGGAGUUGUGGCUCUUGCUGCAGUCUUCCUGAUGUGGGCUGGGUAUUUGGCUCCAUGGAGUGGACGCUUCUACUCACUGUUCGAUACCAGCUAUGCACGCAUCCACAUUCCGAUCAUAGCCAGCGUGUCUGAGCAUCAACCUCCCACUUGGUCGGCAAUGUUCACUGAUCUUCACAUGCUACUGAUUGCAUUUCCCGCUGGAAUAUGGGUAUGCUACAGGAGACUAACGGACGAGGUAGUCUUUGUGCUUCUCUAUGCUUUGACCGCAUCGUAUUUUGCGGGAGUCAUGGUUCGGCUGAUCCUUACCCUGACGCCAAUAGUGUGCGUGGUGGCAGCCAUCACCUUCUCACGUACCGCCAAUCUGUACCUCGCCGAGACCCUGGACUCGCCAAUCCCGGAGAGUGAAAUGUGGUUCCUCGAUCCGGAGGACCGCGAAAAGAUUCUAGAAAGGGAGACAGCUGCUGCUGCAUCAACCAACUCAGAUCAACGCACGUCAGCGUCCACCCAAGCCUCAUCAUCGUCAGAUUCUUCGUCCGCGUCCUCUUCUCCGUCCCCAUCACCAGUGCCCGCAGCAUCAGCAGAGGCACCAGCAGCUGGCCGUGCCUCCAGGGAGUCGCGUCCCGGAGCGACGGCGACAGCGGCGGCGUCAGGACAAGCUCGCCCUGCCGGUGCUGACGAUAUGGCCAUGCAGCUGCCGCGUAACCUGGUGCUAGGUCUGAUGAUGCUGCUCCUCUUGUUCUUUGCCGUGCACUGUAUCUGGGUGACUGGUAAUCACUACAGCAGCCCGUCGGUUGUACUCGAGUCAUGGAAUAGAGACGGAACGCGAAAUAUUCUCGACGACUUCCGCGAGGCAUACUACUGGCUGCGUCAGAAUACGCACCCGCAAUCCCGAGUGAUGGCGUGGUGGGAUUAUGGCUAUCAGAUAGCAGGCUUUGCUAAGCGCACCACCAUUGUGGAUAACAACACUUGGAACAAUAGUCACAUUGCACUGGUGGGCAAAGCAAUGUCAAGUAAUGAGGACUCAGCGUAUGAACUUCUCCGUAUGUUAGAUGUGGAUUAUGUGUUGGUGAUAUUCGGGGGUGUGAUUGGCUAUGGCGGUGAUGACAUUAAUAAGUUUCUCUGGAUGGUCAGAAUAGCUCAGGGAGAGCAUCCGGAGGACAUCAAGGAGUCCAACUAUUUCAACACUAAGGGAGAGUACCGUAUCGACUCCACAGUGUCCGAUACAAUGAAGUCUUCGCUCAUGUACAAACUCUCAUAUCAUGAGUUUGGCCAGUUGCAGACCCUGGCCGACCAACCAGACGGUUUUGACCGCACUCGUGGCACGGAAAUUGGACUGAAGGAUGUUGAUUUAACACAUCUGGAAGAGGCAUACACAUCAGAGCAUUGGCUUGUCAGAAUCUACAGAGUCAAGGAUCUAGUGAACAGAGAGAAGAGCGUACUAGGUAGACGCUCAACUAAGAUCAAGAAGAAGAUGGUCUACAAGUCAUUGAAGACUGAAGGACGUCUGCGAGGCUACCUGAAGAACAAGCAGCGUGUUGUGCGAGGGAAGGGCCGCAAGAGACCGACUCCUCAGUCGGCCGAGUCGAGUGCCGGCGUCAGCUGAGUGUAGCACGACCAUCGCCUGCACUUGCGGUUUGACUUCUUCGCGCCUCCCUGCUCUCGGUUGGUGGUCGCUGCUUGCACCUACGGCGGUAGCAGUCUUCAAUGAGCGUAAUGGUUAUGACUUGUAGCAGUAACCCAUGGUAAGGUGCAAGACCUAUAGCUGAGCGUCCAUGGCCUUGCUGUGCCAUCUGCGAUGCUCUCUCUCCAUGGCCUCUCAUCAUCGACCACCCUUGCUAUUUUCUCCAGAACUGACCAAGCGGACCUGGCGUGGCCCACGCUUGUUUUUAUUGCCUGACAAGUUCCCGCGUUUGAUCCUCGCCACUGACUGAUCGAGGCCGUCCUUCUGUUCAUGAUCUGAUCUCCUCUGAUCGAGAAAAAGCUUUAGGUGUAUUUUUUAUUUCUAUUUUGCAAUCCUGUUUUGUUUUGUUUAGCAAGCCGGGGGAUUCUUUUAGCCUGGCUAACAACUCUGUAUGUGUCAUCCACACACAGGUGUACUUCUCACGGGAACGUUUGGUGAACGUGAAAGCCAUUUGUGACGAUUUCCAUAUCCUGUGUGGAAAUGACGUCUGUUGUCUCCCGUGAUGGUAGAUUGUUGUAUUGUUGUUGUUGUUUGAAAUAUUUUAUUCUCACGA